AUGGAUUACUACGCCAUCCUGGGUGUAUCCCCAACAGCAUGCACCAAAGAAAUCAACCUUGCCUAUAAGAAGCUCGCACUGAAACACCACCCCGACAAAACAGGCGGCGACGAUGACUCCAACGAGCAUUUCCAGCAGAUCCAAGAAGCCAUCGAGACCCUCCGCGACCCAGAGCGACGCAGCAAACAUGACCAGUCGCUGGGUGUGAAUGUGAAAAGGCGAUAUCUCCACCCGGAGGACGACUGGCGUACCUGGUUUGAAGACGGCACCGACUGGGGCCGCAAGAAACGCUGGGACUUCAACAACGACUGGGACCGGUACAUGUACAGCUUUGGGAAUAGCGUGCACAUGGAUCCGGACUCGGAGCAUUCCAAGGCUGAACGGGCUCGACACAGCGCUGCGGCCGAGGAGUGGGAGCAGACAUGGGCGGGUAUUGAUCCUGAAGUUGAGAAGGCGAAGGAAGAAGUGAGACAGGAGAAGCGUAAGGAGGCAAUGAGGGCCCGGGUGAUACGCGACGAGGAAGAGUUAGAGAGAGAGGAAGAAAAUGAUGAUGUUUCGGUUGACCAGACGACUGAAUUCGAGAGUACUACUUUCUGCUUGCUUCAUGGCAACGACUGCCACCGUCAGGGCGAUGGAGAGCACCCCGUCAACAAGGACGAUGUGAAUAUGGAGACAGAUGAUGAAGAUGCCGUCUUCUUCGACUGCAGCACUUCCUUCGUUGCUUCACUGGUCAGGGACGACGAGACUAGCCAACUUGAAGAGACUUCCGAAGAAGAACAGGAACCGUUUGCUCUCCUCACGUCGUUCUUCAAUGCCAAGCUCAGCGAUUCCCGCGGCCGCUACACCGAAGACGACUACUAUGCGGAACUCAAGGGAAUUGUGCUAGAGACCUUUUGCGGAUGGAUGGAAGACCUUCGAAUUUCGUACCCUGACGCCGAGCCACUAGCCAUGCGCAACGAUCACCAUGACUGCCCUCAUCUGGGCGCCUGGGAGAAGACGCUUGGCUGUCCUGAGUGUGACGCCUGCCACCUGUGGAUGCCGAUUUACAUCUUGACCUGCCCGAGCUGUGGUGCGACGGCGUGUGCUCGGUGCAAGUUCGUGGAUGGGAUUGUUUGA